UAGCUAUACAUUCACCCAUAAUCAUAUCCUCCACUACACUACACUACUAUCUUAGUUGCUCACUUAGAUAUGGCAUCAACCAAGAAUACCUCACUAGCUCUCUUUCUAGCAAUCAAUCUUCUCUUUUUUGCCACGGUGAGUGCCUCUGCGAAUUGCGGUUGCCCUACCCCUAAACCAAAGCCUAAACCCACACCAACACCUAAACCAACACCGCCAACACCUAAACCCACACCAACACCUAAACCAACACCGCCAACACCUAAACCCACACCAACACCUAAACCAACACCAACGCCUAAACCAACACCAACACCAUCUAAGCCUACUUGCCCCAAAGACACUUUGAAACUUGCGGUGUGUGCCGAUCUGCUUGGAGGGUUGGUUGGGGUUGUAGUGGGUUCUUCAUCUAGUAAGCCAUGUUGCACACUCAUCCAAGGCCUUGCUGACCUUGACGCCGCAGUUUGCCUCUGCACUGCCAUCAAAGCUAAUGUUUUGGGGAUCAACCUUAAUGUGCCUAUUGCUCUUAGCUUGCUUUUGAAUACUUGUGACAAGAAAGUCCCAAGUGGUUUCAAAUGUGCAUAAGUUGGUGAUGAUCGCUAUAUAUAUAUGCGAUUCCUUUUAUACGUGUUACUUUCUUUUUUCUGUCAUGUAAGAGCUUACCUCUCUCGAGGCUUUGCUUUACCGAGUAUUAAUUAUAUUUUGCAUCAAACUGAAUAAAAUCAUAUGUUAUAUUUGUGUUA